GAAGGUUGAAAUGGAGUGUGCUGGUUCGGAAAGUGAGGGAGAGGAAGAAGUGGAGGCAAACAUUGAGUCACAGCAACCAUCGUUGCAAUUGACCAAUCAGAAUCCAGACGGAGUAGUCAAAAGCCGCUGGGAAGAUGCCUCGGAUGAGAGGCUAGACAGACUGGACGCCGUGGGCACAUUUCGCAAGAGGAAGCGGCUGCAAUCGGAACAAGAGGACGACAAUGAGGAAGAGGAGGAACUGAGUUUACUGGAGUACCUCCGCAGACGAGACAAGAAGAUUGCAACUGGGAAGAAAAAGAAAAGGGUUCGCUGGGCCGACCUGGAGGCAAAGAAGGAAGAGGAGCGGCAGAAGAGAGAGGUUGGGUUCUGUAUCGGAGGGACGUGGGGCCAGGUGACCGAGGAAGAGGCUCAGGCCAUUCUCAGAGGAACGUCACCCACCUCUGGUGGCAGAGACUGAGGCAGCUAUAUAGUCAUAGAAUCUUACUCUCUCCGUAAAUUUUCCACCUCUGAUCAUAGCAAGAACUACACUAUACUGCUUUCUCUCUCUCUCUCUCUCUCUCUCUCUCUCUCACAUUCACAAGUGAAACUGUAACUGUAAUACCUAUUUUCUAUCACUUCA